CCGGAAUUAUCAUCAUUAUUGGAGUUAAUACAUCAUUCAUCAUCUCUACAUCUAAUAUAGGUAGCUUACAACAAACCCCUUAACAUAAAUACAUACCAAUAUCACUCAUCAGGAAGUUAAAGUUCUCCUACAAAACACUUAAACGAUACAUAGUUUGAGGUGGUUGUCAUGGUAUUGUACGUAAUCCUAAAGUCUAGUAGUUGUCCAAAAUGCUUUGGUUUAGUAAAGAUAGACGGACCCAUUUAAUUUUUUAUCCAUAAUGUUUUGGUUUGUUGUAUACAUGGAAAUAAAAUAGGCAAUCGUGAAAGUUUGGUUUGGUUGGUUGGAAGUAUAAAUAAUUUUGUAUAUUAGGUGUAUCUUUAACUGGUUAAUUGGUUUCAUUGGUUAGCAGUGUUGAAACCAAACUAAACCACAUAAACCAAAUAAACUAAAUUAUUUAACCACACCAAACCAAUUAUCCAAUUAGCCAAACCAAAUUAACCGAAUGCUACUGGUAACCAAUCCGUUUGAACACCAGAAAAAAAAGAAAAAGAAAUUGAGGUGAUACGCGGGCAAUAAGCAACGAAACUAUUUUACUCAGUCAACUCAAAACUGCAAAGCUAGAGCGAAAAGGGACUCGCCGCACCAUAAUCAACGAGACAACGACACUCGGUCCUCUGCCGCUCUCGCUUCUUCUACUUUCUCCAGUGAACGGAAGUAGCCGACGUGGAAGCCAGAGCAAAACGGCGGGGAAAUGAGGUAAGAAACUAAAACCAUGAACGGAAGAGCUCCCCGCGUCCCCUUCGCCACCUCCAUCGCCGUCGCCGUGCUACUUGUCGCCGGUCUCCGCACCGUCUGUGGCGCCGAGUUCGAUGGAGACUACUCCAAACUGUCGGGAAUCAUAAUCCCCGGCUUCGCAUCCACUCAGCUCCGAGCCUGGUCCCUGCUCGACUGUCCUUACUCUCCUCUCGAUUUCAACCCUCUCGACUUGGUCUGGCUCGACACCACCAAGCUUCUUUCUGCGGUGAAUUGUUGGCUCAAAUGCAUGAUGCUUGAUCCUUACAACCAAACAGAUAACGCUGAGUGCAAGUCGAGACCUGAUAGUGGUCUCUCUGCGAUUACUGAACUUGAUCCAGGUUACAUUACAGGUCCUCUGUCUUCUAUAUGGAAAGAGUGGAUUAAGUGGUGCAUUCAAUUUGGUAUCGAGGCAAAUGCAAUAAUUGCUGUUCCUUACGAUUGGAGGUUGUCUCCAUCGAUGCUUGAGGAGCGAGACCUCUAUUUCCAUAACCUCAAAUUGACCUUUGAAACUGCCCUCAAACUUCGUGGUGGACCUUCUUUAGUAUUUGGCCACUCAUUGGGUAACCUGGUAUUCCGUUACUUUCUGGAGUGGCUUAAGCUAGAAAUUGCUCCGAAACAUUACAAUCAAUGGCUGGAUGACCACAUCCAUGCCUACUUUGCUGUUGGAGCUCCUCUUCUUGGCUCACCCGAGACAGUGAAAGCUACUCUUUUUGGAAACACAUUUGGGCUUCCUGUUUCUGAGGGGACAGCUCGAUUAAUGUUCAAUUCUUUUUCUUCUUCAUUGUGGAUGAUGCCACAGUCAAAGUAUUGUACAUCCGAUAAUCCAUAUUGGAAACAUUUUUCUGGAGGAUUCAGAAAGAAAAAUCAAACCUAUCACUGCGAGGAGCAAGAAUAUCGAACAAACUACUCUGGAUGGCCAACCAACUUGGUCAACAUAGAAAUCCCUUCUAUUCCUGGGUUUGAUGCCUAUCCAUCACUCCAAGAUAUGCUCGAAACAAACUUCUCGGCCUUGGAAUGUGGACUCCCUACUCAGUUAUCUUUCUCAGCUCGUGAAGUUGCAGAUGGAACACUUUUCAGAGCCAUAGAGGACUAUGAUUCUGACACAAAGAGGCUAUUGUACCAGUUACAGAAGUCAUACCAUGGUGAUCCUGUUGUUAAUCCACUUACACCCUGGGAUAGACCUCCUAUUAAAAAUAUUUUCUGCAUCUAUGGAAUAGAUUUGAAGACGGAGGUUGGUUACUAUUUUGCACCGAGUGGCAAACCUUAUCCAGAUAAUUGGAUCAUAACUGAUGUUAUUUACGAGAUUGAAGGAUCCCUCUACACAAGGUCUGGGAAUCUGGUUGAAGGGAAUCCAGGAGCUACAAGUGGGGAUGAGACAGUACCAUACAAUUCCUUAUCACUAUGCAAGAGUUGGCUUGGAUCAAAAGUGAACAUAACAAGGGCUCCUCAGGCCGAGCAUGAUGGAUCUGAUGUACAAGUAGAACUGAAUGUUGACCAUCUCCCUGAAGAAGAUAUAAUUCCCAACAUGACACGGUCUUCAAGGGUAAAAUAUAUUACAUAUUAUGAAGAUUCCGAAAGCAUACCAGGAAAGAGGACAGCAGUUUGGGAACUUGAUAAAGCAAAUCAUAGGAACAUCGUUAGAUCUCCGGUUUUAAUGCGGGAGCUGUGGCUUCAGAUGUGGCAUGACAUCCGUCCUGAUACGACAUCGAAAUUCGUUACAAAAGCAAAACGAGGUCCUCUAAGAGAUGAUGACUGCUACUGGGAUUAUGGGAAAGCUAGAUGCGCUUGGGCGGAUUACUGUGAAUAUAGAUACAUUUUUGGUGAUGUUCACCUGGGACAGAGCUGUAGAUUGAAGAAUUCGUCAGCCGAGACACUCUUGAAUUACCUUUAAGGCUAUAUGGAUUUAUUAGGUACAUGUUCCUUCUCUUCAGCUCACGUCCAUUUUAACUCGAAAGAUUUUGAAGAAAAAUGAAUAUGAUUAGAUAAU